AUGGCCAUUCAAUCCUCAGCCGGGCUAUCUGCCCGCAUGUUCAGACGUUCCGCCUUCCCCGCUUCCCAGUGGAGGAGGCAAUUUAGUGCCGCUCGUCCGGCGCUGAAGGAGAUCCAGGAUGCUUACAUUCUGAGCGGUGCCCGGACGCCGACCACAAAGUUCAACGGUUCAUUUACUUCCGUCUCCGCACCCCAACUCGGCGCCGUCGCCAUCAAGUCCGCCAUUGAAAAGUCCAGCAUUCCGGUCGAGAAGAUCACAGAUGUCUACAUGGGAAAUGUACUACAAGGCUCAGUGGGGCAGGCCCCGGCUCGUCAAGCCUCGAUCUUCGCAGGCCUCUCACCCGAAGUCGAGUCGAUGACGGUCAACAAGGUGUGCGCGUCCGGUCUCAAAGCCGUCGUGCUUGCCGCCCAGAACAUCCAGCUCGGUCUUGCAGAGGCUCAGAUCGCCGGUGGAAUGGAAAACAUGUCACGCGUUCCCUACUAUCUGCCCCGCUCGAGCCAGCUCCCGCCGUUUGGUGAGAUCAAGUUGGAGGAUGGUCUGAUUAAGGACGGUCUGUGGGAUGUCUACAACCAGUUCCACAUGGGUAUCUGCGCCGAGACGACGGCUAAGAAGCACAACAUCUCUCGUGAAGCGCAGGACGCGUAUGCGAUCAGCUCAUACCAAAAGGCGCAGGCAGCGUGGAAGGAGAACAAGUUUGCCGAGGAGAUUGCGCCUGUGACCGUCAAGGGCAAGAAGGGCGACAUCGUGGUGGAGCGUGAUGAGGGUUUCGAGAACCUCCGUGAAGAUAAGCUCAGGACACUCAAGCCGGCUUUCUUGAGGGACGGCACUGGUACUGUGACUGCAGCAAAUGCCUCGAGCAUGAACGACGGUGCCUCUGCUCUGGUUAUCACCAACAAGGAGCUUGCGCGCGAGUUUGGUGCAGGCAAGCCCGCUCUGGCACGCAUUGUGGCUUCUGCCGAUGCUGCCGUUGACCCAGUAGAUUUCCCAGUUGCCCCGGCCAAGGCUGUUCCCAUCGCUCUGGAGCGUGCGGGCAUUACCAAGGACCAGGUUGCCAUCUGGGAGUUCAACGAGGCAUUCGCUGCGGUUAUUGAAGCCAACAAGAAGAUUCUCGGACUCGAAAACGCCCGUGUCAACCCUCUAGGAGGAGCCAUUUCCCUCGGCCAUGCGCUAGGUAGCUCCGGCUCUCGUAUCCUGGUUACAUUGCUGCAUCAAUUGCAGGCCGGCGAGUAUGGUGUUGCUGCUAUUUGCAACGGAGGUGGCGCUGCCACUGCAGUGGUGGUGCAGAAAUUGGACCGAGUGGACUAA